UUGGAGAUGGACAAUAGCAGAGAAGCAAGCGUGAAACAAGUGAAAGAGAGAGAAAUGGAAAACAAACUCAGCAAUCGAGAAAUCAUGAAGAAGAAGAAGAAGAAAUUGAGCUAUUAUUUAAUUCCGAGAUUUCCGUGUAUGAGAUUAGAUGACGGCGUUACGGUGGCGGAGACGCCGGCCGGCGACGGCAGUUUCGAAAUGGAGGCUGGGUGCAGCGGAAGGAGGGAUCAUUCACCCACGCACCUCGUCGUUACGGUCAAUGGGAUUAUUGGAAGUGCUCAAAAUUGGAGGUAUGCAGCAAAGCAGUUCGUGAAGGCUUAUCCAGAUGAUGUUUUAGUACAUUGCAGUCAGUCGAAUACUUCAAUGUUGACGUUUGAUGGUGUUGAUGUUAUGGGGAAGAGAUUAGCUGACGAGGUUGUUUCUGUCGUCGGCCAUCAUCCAAAUCUUCAGAAGAUUUCGUUUCUAGGUCACUCACUUGGUGGCUUGAUAGCAAGAUACGCAGUUGCUGUGCUUUACCAGCAAAAUGUGAUACUACCAAAGAACAUUGAGCAAAGUGGUGGUGAAUGUGUCGGUGAGGAGAAACAAAGGGGAGUUGUUGCAGGGCUCGAACCUGUGAACUUCAUUACCUUUGCAACGCCACAUCUUGGUUCGAGGGGGCAUAAACAGGUUCCAGUUUUCUGUGGUGUCCACACCAUGGAGAGACUAGCAACCCGUGCUUCGUUUCUACUUGGUCGAACGGGUAGGCAUUUGUUCUUGAGUGAUUCAGAUGAUGGAAAAGCUCCAAUUCUGCUCAGAAUGAGCAGUGAUUCUGAAGACCUAAAGUUUAUAUCCUCGUUGCAGUCAUUCAAGAGGCGUGCAGCCUAUGCAAAUAUAUAUAAAAACAUGGUACUAUUACUUUGUGUAAUGGCCUUCACACCGAGCCUAGAUAUCGUGGGGUGGAGUUCAUCAUCAAUGCGUCGUCUGAGUGAGCUCCCAAAGUGCCGGAGUCUUGAGAGAAACGCUAAAUACCCCCAUAUCGUCAACGAGGAGAAAGCAAACGCUGUCAUCAGCCCUCAAAGAGAAGUCCCAUUGGAAAUCAAAGCCGCUAGAGGCAGGACAAAGGAUAUGGAAGAGACGAUGAUCAGAGGGCUGACUAGGCUGAACUGGGAACGAGUCGAUGUCAGCUUUACCGGAAGUGUGCAAUGGCUUCUUGCACACAGCACAAUUCAGGUUAAAACUCAAUGCAUCAAUUCUGAGGGCGCGGAUGUCAUACAACAUAUGAUCGAUAACUUUGUAUUGUGAGAUACUCUAUCAAAUUAAGGUGCAAAUAGGGAAAGAGUAGUUGCUUCGCAGCCAAGUGGUGGAUUUGUAAUUUUGUAGAAUAGUUUUACUUAAUUUUGGAUCUCACCAGCAACAGAACUUCUAAUGCUGUCAAAUUUUGAGGUGUAAUAGUUGAAUUUUCAGUUCACACUACUCCCUCCCUCCGUCCCACAGUAGAUAUCACACUUGGAAAAUGACACAUGAUUUUAGGAGAUGUUAUUUUGUAUA